AUGUCAAAUGGCGAUGAGUCCGUCCGCAAACCUUCUCCACAACCACAUCAGCGAUCUCGGCCGCCAGCGAAAAGGGCGUCACCCGCAAAUAUCCACCGUUCAAGAUCCCAAAAUCUUAAAGCUCCGAGCGAGAGCACCGACAAACGGCGUUCAAAAUCUCACGACCCCGUCUACAAGACACCUAAAGCGAGAACGCCUGUGGAUGCUGUGGUCGACGAAGAAGAAUUUACUCCCUACGAACAACUGUGGAACGAUUCAAAGUCUGAAUUCAAGGAAAAGAACCCGGAUCUCUUCCAUGCUUUCCAGCGAGUCGAGCAGAAAGUCGUCCAUGUGGACACCAAGGGUGAAGUCGGCGAGAGCCCCGGAUCCGCCACGAAAGAAUUCCAUGAAACCGUAGGAAAAACCAAGUUUCUUCUCGACCAGCGUCGAUGGAAAUAUCAAAAGAGUGGCCAAAAAGGCGAGGUCAGAAAUCUUGUCACUCGAUUCCUAGUCAUUUUGGGAAACCUUAGCGGCCUGGGAGGGGUCGUUGCGAACGUUAACCCGGUCAUUGGUGUUCCAGUAUGGGCAGGCGUUUGCUAUUGUCUGCAGGCAUGUCUUCGAAUGACACAGAGUGAUGAAAGUGCUCUCAACGGUGUACGAGAGGUUACUGACAUCAUAGAUCUAUACGAGGUAUUGAGACCUACUUUUUACAGUUCCAAGCCGUCAGCGGCGAACAAAAGGCUCUACGACAAGACUAGGAAGCUUUUUGUCAACAUCUUGGUAUUUCAAGCUUUUGCAGUCAAAUUCUUGUCAAAGAACACUGGGACGCGGGCUGCGAGAGCUUUUAUCUCGUGGGACGACUGGAAGCCCAUGCUGGAGGACAUUCAACGGGAAGCCAAAAAUUGUGAACGUCUCCAAGAAGCACAUGCACAAGCUGGUCAGAAAGAAAUUAAGGAGAUACUCAAAGAGACAAGGCUCCAUACGAAGUACCUUGUAGAGCUCCAAAAGACGAAUGACGAGUUUGAUAGGCAAGAAACGAUUAUUUCUUGGCUAUCAGAUCAACCGGUCGAAGCUCACCUUGGUCAUGUGCUCAACAAGUCAGAGCAAAGUGCUUUCAUAGACCGCAAAAGCGUGCCGAAGGAUUACAAAGCCCCAGAUGACUGGCUUUGGAGCGAUCUCGAAAGGUGGUGGAAAGACAGAAAACGGGGACCGGGAAAAACCACACUCAUCUCUCAAGCAACACAACACCUCCGACGAAAUUUGGAAACGGACACUAAAUCUCAGCUUGCCUACUUUUUGAUUGCAGAUGAACCAGGACGGAGAGAGUGCACGAGCGUCAUUCGAAGUCUUCUAGCACAACUUGCCAGGACUCCCGAAGGAAAGAUUGCAUCUUCAAUCUCCGAACUAUACGAUCCCCGGGGCGCUGCCGCAAAGUUAGGUUCAAACAGAAGUUUGCAAGAGCUCAAAAGCCUUUGCACAAAUUACCGGACAACCCUCGUCGUUGAUGGUUUAGAUCAGUGUGAAGACUGGAACGAACUCCUCAAAGCACUGAAGGAUCUUACCUGCGGCAAAACCUCAACCAAGCUGCUGGUCACGUCCAACGAGAGACUUUGGGAAGUUCGGGGGAAGAGGACCUUCAAAGAAUGCCUCGAGAUGCAAGUCAACAAAGACCGAAAUUUGCAAGCGAUCAAACACUUUUGCUACUGCCAGAUUGCAAAGAACAGCGAGUCGCUCAACAAUGGCGAAUGCAAAGAUCUUGAAAUCAAGCUUGUCGACCGGCUCGUGUUCAAUUCCGAUGGAAUAUUCAAAUGGGUCGAGCUCUACAUCAAUCAGAAAUUCGGGAACAAUCGAAUGUACAGCAAUCGAGAUGCAGUCAAGGACCUUAUUAUAGAACUGGAAAAGUCGCCCCAUAUCCCCGAUCUAGAUCCCAUUUACAAAUCUAUCCUAGAAGGAAACCCUGAUGAUAAACUUCUUCGUCAAGUCAAACAAUGCGCGUUCAGAUGGACGCUAUCCUGGGCGGCCCCAAUGACGAUCGUACAGCUGGCAGAAGCGGUACAUGUCGAAACCCACGCAGCAAUAUCUCGUUCUGAGAGUCUUAUACGUGAACAUUGCGCUGACCUUCUCGAACUGAAGAGUGACGGUACUCCGGUGACAAUAGCAGGGACAACUGUUCGGCACUUUUUGACUCACUAUUCUGUCAAAGAGAAAACCACCAUAUAUCCUUACUCGGACGUCAACUGCCAUGCACAGAUCUUAAUCACAUCCCUUAGGCGCCUAGAGUAUCUUUGCUCCAUCCCAAUGUCGGGCCGGGACUUUCAGGACGUUGAUUGGACAUUCGACCUCUAUGCCGCCACUUUCUGGCCAUUUCAUCUGGCGAAAGUGGCCGCAAGGCGGUCGAAUAUUUCAGACUUCCCAAGUGUCAUCGAAAAAUUCUUCGGGCCCAACAUUACCGGGUACGGCUCUGGCUUCAGACUUUGGACAGAGAAAUGGCUCAAGGUGACGGGCACCAAAGAAUUCGCAGCCAAAAACUGUUUGCAAUCUCAAUUUCCAGACGCCUUUAGGCUCGUCACGUCCAUAUUGGCCUCGCCACCGAAUCCAUUUUUUGCAGCAUGCGCUCUAGGGUUGCCGCCACUGCUAAAGGCCCUCCCGCUGCCGGAAGCCGACAUGUCACAGUUACGCAACAUCAACGAUGAAUUGGGAGCAUUUCUGGCAGUGGAAAGCGAAUCGACCGAGUGUCUUGAAGUGUUGCUCGCAAAGAAGGUGGAACUAAAGAAGAUGAGGCAGUCAGGAAACACGAUCCUGCAUUGGGCUGCUAUAAAAUCAUGGAGUAAAACGCUCAAAUGGUUGCUAGACCGAGAUAUUGCCCAGGACGCAUCGAUUAUUGACGAUAAUGCUGCAACGAUUCUUCACUUAGCGGCGGGUUCAGCGAAAGGGCCUUUGACGAAAGUGGAAAUCCUGUCAGAUUUUGGGUUCGAGAAACUUGGACUGGAAGCAAAUAGACCAGAUAAGGACCAGAAGACGGCGCUUCACUAUGCGCUAGAUGGUCCCAGGGUGUCGACCAAGCUCAUCCAGAAGCUGAGAACAUUGAGUAUUGAUUUCAAGGCCAAGGACAAAAUGGGAGCGACUCCGCUCCAUUAUUCGGUGCGCAAUCGAAAGGCGUCCGAAGAAGUGAUCAAAGAACUCGUCAGCUACAAGAUGAUCGACGUCAACGCAGUGGACCACAAGAAGAAAACGGCAUUGGCCUAUCUGGUUGAGAAGGGUACAAGGGUCCGGAUCAAUAAUCUUGUUCCUAUUUUGCUGAAAGAAGAAGGGAUCCGUGUCAAACCGCGUAAUGGGGAGGAAUCAGUCCUGCAUCUUGCCAUCAACAACUCCGUUCUCUCCGAGAAAACGUUCCAGCUGUUACUCUCUCACGAAGGCUGUAAAGACUGUGUUGACAAGGACAAGAGAAAUCUUCUCCAUUGCGCUCUUCUUGCCUACAGAGACUCGGCAAGCACGAAACUUUCCAGGUCACGCUUGGAAAAAAUCAUUGACAAGCUUCUUGAGGACAAGGACAUUGAUGUCACCUCGGUCGACAAGAAACGAGCAACAGCACUUCACUACCUCGCGCGAAUCCCCACUCAACCCGCUGGCUUAAUGAAGACCAUGCUCUCUAAGAUCACGGACGUUGACGCAUCCAACGAAACUGGCGAAACAGCCCUGCAUAUCCUUGUCAGGUACAACGAAUACGCCGACAAGGCCAACGAAAAGGCGGUGCAGCUGUUGAUCGAGAGAGCAAAAGCUUUUGAUAUGGCAGACAAGGGCGGGGAAACAAUAUUGCAACGGGCAAUUCGCAACUGGAAGACGCCGCCGCAUGUGAUCACGACUCUCAUCCAAAAACAAUCUACAAUUGAUGCUCUGGAUAAAACAGGAUGUAAUGCGCUGCACUACGCCGCAAGACUUAGAGGGGACCUUAUUAGCCGGGCCUUGCUGAAAGAAGGAGCGAACGCUUCCAUACUGGAUAGCGACGGCGCUUCGGCCCUGCACUAUGCCUCGGCGAGUUCUCGCGCCGUGAGUGCGAGGACAGUCAAAUUCUUGAUAAAGUCCCACGGACUAGGAGUCGAUGCGGCCGACAAGGCCGGGAAAGCACCAGUACAUUACGCGGCGCGAUCAGGGACACUAGAUGGGCUUCAGGCACUGGAGAAACAGGGAGCUAAAUUCGACAUAAAGGACAAGGAUGGCAAUACUGUUCUUCAUCAUGCGGUGCGCAACGUUCGAAGAGCGCCAGAAAUCCUGCUCUAUCUUCUUGAACGAAAGAGCGUGGAUAUCAACACGAGGAACAGGCUUGGUGAAACGCCAUUUCUUUGCGCUGUUCGAAGAGGGUCUGUUGAAGCCGUCAAGACUCUUGUCAAGAAAAAAGCAAAGACUUCCACCAAGACCAAAAAGGGCGAAACAGCGUUGCAUUAUGUUUUCAGGCGGUCCGAUACAUCCAAAGAAUUGGUCGAGCUCGUGCUUGAGCAAGAUAUCAACCUCGUAAUGGAAGAUGAGACCGGCGAAACAGCACUACAGAUCGCUCUGAAAGCUAGAGAGGCCUCUUUCGAUUCCAUGAUGGCCUUCCUGGAGAAGCUUGGCUCAGAUGAAAACACGAAGAAGAAAAUUGCUGCUACGAUUGACACUAAAGGGACGGACGGCAUGACCGCCUUGCAGUUUGCGGCUAAACACCGCAAGGCCGAUGUGGUUAAAAUCCUUUUGAAGUAUGGCGCCGACGUCACUCUCACGGAUAAGUCGGGGAUGACAGCAGCAUGUUUGGCUGCGGCGAGGGGCCAUGAAGCCGUCGUGAAGUCACUACUGGAAGGGGACCGGAAGAAGACACAGUGGAAGGAGAAAGACGGAUUCUCGCCUCUUCAUAUCGCUGCAAGGGACGGCAACGUUGACCUGGUCAACGCCAUCGUCGGUCUUAUCGCAAUCGAUUUGAAAGACUCUCAGCAACGAACGCCACUUCGAAGAGCGGUAGGACGUGGCCACGAGGCAGUCGUGAAGACUCUCCUGCGGAAAGGAGCAGAUUGCAAUGCAAAGGACAAUGAAGGCAAAACACCUCUUCACAGGGCCGCCGAACAAGGAUAUCCUGGGAUCGCGAGGCUCCUCCUGGCGCAUGGCGCGGCGAUUGGACAGAAGGAUAACGAGGGUAAAACGCCGCUACAACGGGCUGUUCAAAGGAGUCAUGAAACAGUCAUCAGCACGCUUCUUGAACAUGAUGCCGAUGCCGAAGAGUUGGCUACAUUUAAGGACGAACAGGAAAAGAAGGGAUCGAAGCUGUCUAACGCAGGAGCUCGGGAUGUGUACACUAGGCACCUACUUCAACGAGACGCGAAGGUAUGA